GGGGGACCCGGGAGCACGGCGUUCCGAAUCCGACCCCGAGAUGGAUGCCGACGGCUUGCGGCCUGCUGACGACGGGAGCUUCACGGCAGUUAAAAUACAGCGAGGAGAACCUGUCCCACGGACACAAGUGGAUAGGAGGAAAACGAGUCCGUAUUUUUCAAGUAAAUACAGUAAAGAAGCUCCCAGCCCGCCUAGGAGGAAGGCCUUCAGAAAAUGGACUCCUCCACGUUCCCCUUUUAAUUUGGUCCAAGAAACACUUUUCCAUGAUCCGUGGAAACUUCUCAUUGCGACCAUAUUUCUCAAUAAGACUUCAGGUAAAAUGGCAAUUCCUGUGCUCUGGGAGUUCCUCAGGAAGUACCCUUCCCCUGAAAUAGCCAGAACUGCAGACUGGAAGGAAAUGUCGGAGCUGCUCAGACCUCUCGGCCUCUAUGCACUCAGAGCAAAAACUAUAAUCAAGUUUUCAGAUGAGUACCUGAACAAGCAGUGGAAGUACCCCAUUGAGCUGCACGGAAUUGGAAAGUACGGGAAUGACUCCUACAGAAUCUUCUGCGUUAAUGAAUGGAAAGAGGUGCGCAGUGCUGCUGUGCAGCCUCAGGACCACAAGUUGAACAUCUACCACACGUGGCUCUGGGAAAACCAUGAGAAGCUGAGCGUGGACUGAGUGCAGCCUCCACGUGUGCCAGCAGUGGGCUGCGCAGCAUCAGUGCUGUGCUGAACAUCACGUUCUUAGUUUAUAUGUUGUGUGACAUCAGCUCAAAUAACACUGUAAUCAAAUGUCCAAGUGCUUUAAAGGUUUUUAAUAAACAUAUCUAACUUUUUGUAGCA